AUGCCCCAAUUCCCAUUCGUCGUGAUCCCUGCUACCACGAAUGCAUCUCAACUCCACGCACAGUACCCAUUUCUUCUCUUGACUAUCAUCGCUGCUUGCUCGGAAGACGAUUUCGCGCUGCAGAAGACCCUCGACCACGAGAUCAAGCGGCAAAUCUGCGUUCGUAUCAUUAUGAAUGACGAGCGCAGUAUGGACCUUCUCCUAGGUCUCCUGGUACAUACAGCGUGGUACCAAUACAGAUUUGAGACGAUCCACACCCAGAUGUAUCUGACCUUGGAGCUUGCUAUCACGCUCGUGGUUGAUUUAAGUCUCGAUCAAAAUAGUGGCUUGAGCAUGAGAGGUAUCACUGCUGGGUUGAAGGGGAAGGGUAGUGAAACGGCAAUCCAACAGUCUAGUACUGCAAAGCGCGCGCUCUUGGGGGUGUUUCAUUUAACCUCGGUGCUGUCUUUGUUCCGCCCACAGCUGUCGAUGAAUUACACGGAUUGGAUCAACCAAUGCUGCUCAAACCUCUCUGAAAGUCCAGAGUAUCCGACUGAUAGGCUUCUAAGGACGUAUCUCGAUGGUUCAGCAUCAAUUCUUAAAGAUAAUCUCGGCUUUGGCUCGAAAGAGCACGGAAUAUACUGGAAUGCAGUUGAACACCGGCAGAAUGAGCUAAAGAAGGGCUAUACUGCACCGCAUGAUAUGCUGCACAUCGAUAACUGGGCGUAUUACUUUGAAGUGAAAGCAAAACCAAUCCUCCUUCUUGGACAAAUCCUCCACUACCAGUGCACCACAUUUACCAUCGAGCAAAUGACCAAACUCGACUACCUGAUACACUCAACUGAAGAUUUUAUUGCAUCGUUUCCUAGGAUCCCCGCCGAUCGCAUCGUUAAUCUACCCCUUCCUUUCCAUACAUACAUGUGGUACGCUCUGCUAGUACUAUCCAAAACCCUCCUCCUUUCCAACAUGGACCACUCGAAAACAUUUGCUCUCGAAGCAAGUAUCUGCGGAAACACAGUGGCAAUCCUGAAUAGAAUGGAAACCCUCUCCACCGGACAAGAUCUAUGGGCGAACAGUCGCAAUAUCAUCGGAAGCAUGCUGUCCUGGUUGAAGGACCAUAUGAGACAAAAGGCCAGUGAUGGGCAACCGGCUCAUGGGUAUGCAGAUAUUAGUCCUGGACAGGUCGGACGCCCGGCAUCUAGUCAUAGCAUUGGGGAGCUGCAACUUGAUGAUAUACCGGAGGAGGCAUUCUGGAAUGCAGAUUGGUGGCAGCAAAUGGUGGAAGGGCCUCUGUGUUAUCCAGCCGUGGGUUCACCGUCGUGGCUUCUACCGACAAGUGUAGAAGAAUAA